AUGAUAAUCAGAGUAAUGCAGUUGGCUCCCGGAAUGAUUCAACAAGUUCAGUCCCCAUGCAGUAACUGCAAGGGGGCCGGUGAGAUGAUUCCAGCCAAGGAUCGUUGCAAGGGUUGUCAAGGACAGAAGAAGCGCAAAGUUGAAGAGAUAUUGGAAGUCCAUGUCGAAAAGGGAAUGAAAGACGGUGAUAAAAUCAUGUUCGAAGGAAGAGGAGAUGAAGAUCACGAUGUACCUCCUGGCGACAUCGUAAUCAUUCUUGAUGAAAAAGAUCAUAACACAUUCUUCAGGAAAGGCGAUAAUCUAGUAAUGAACCUUGAAAUUGAGCUCGUUGAAGCCAUGUGUGGAUUCUCUCGCGUCAUCAAAACAUUGGAUGACAGAACUCUCUUCUUCAAUGUUUUGCCAGGCGAGGUUAUCAAGCACGCUGAUAUGAAAGUUAUUUAUGGAGAGGGAAUGCCGCAUCGAAGGAACCCUCAGGAAAAGGGCGAUCUCAUUCUCCAAUUCCGCGUUGUAUUCCCCGAAAGGUUGACGGCAGAUGCUCGGAAGAAACUUUCUGAACUUCUGCCUGGCAAAAGUGAAUGUUUGGUUGGUGACGAUGAUGAAGUUUUUGAGUUAAAUGAGAUAGCUAUAAAUCGUUACCGUAAUGAGGAAAGCCACCACGGUGCCGAGGAAGGCGGAGUCCGCUGCCAACAUCAAUAA